CGGGGCCAUUCGGUUCCGUUUUAGCAGAUGAUGUGCGCGUGAAGACGGAGCGACACACGGGGCGAGUGAACUUGGGGACUUCUUUUGUACAGUGGGAGGAAAAUCACCGCCACCGGGCAGCCGUUACAUAACGGAUGCGUGUUAACCGUUCACCGGAGUGUAGAACUCUAUGCCCCACUCCGUCAGGCUUCUCCCUCCCGCCCCCCACCCCAACGCCGACACCAGCAGGAGAGGGGGAGGACUGAGGGAGCGAGUGAUUGUCUGACAGACCGACAGGUUGAAUGAAGCUGCACCUGGUGCUUCUGAGGGCGUUUCCCAUGUUUUGAUUUGCUCUGUUUUUUUAUUUUCUAAACUUGGUUUCACUGAGCUGCUCCCUGCCAUGCCGUCCAACAGCCCCGCUGCUGCUGAACCGCCCCAGACGCCAGAGAAUGACACUUCCAAUGAUGUGAGUGAAGACGGAGCAGACCAGGACAGUCCAGAGGAGGGGACACCAGCAAGCCCCCGCAACAAGCGCAGAGUGGGUCGUCCCAGCAGGAAACGCAAACAGCUGCUUCCUGAGAUGGCGACCUCUGACCCCUGUGCAAACGCCCCCCCAACUCCGCCUGAGGAGCCGGAGCCAUCACCCUCCCCUCGCAAGAAGCGCGGGCGUCGGAAACAAGAGCCGACAGAGAGGAAUAAGGACGAGCCAGAUGAUAGAAACUGCGACUCUCCCAGAGAGGGUGAGACUGGGAGGCUGCGGAGGAGGCCAGUCCCCAGAGUGACUUUCCAGGCUGGAGAUCCAUACUACAUCAGCAGGAGGCAGAGAGAAGAAUGGCUCAGCCGCUGGAAGAUGGAGGCAGAGCGACGGGCCUACAGAGAGGCGGAAAUAAACAUGAUGGAUGACCUGUCAGAAGCUGACUUUCAGAAAGAGGAGGAGCCUGCCAGCCCAGCUCCUCCCCCUUCACAACAACACACAGACCCCGCCUCUCCGACGGUUGCCGUGACUCCUGAGCCGGUCGCCAGGGGAGAACAGCCCACACCCAGUGAGAUAGAAUACCAGGAUGGACGGGGCUUUGGCAUCGGGGCGCUGGUGUUUGGGAAGCUGCGAGGUUUCUCCUGGUGGCCUGGCAGGAUCGUUUCCUGGUGGAUGAGCGGCCGGAGUCGAGCUGCAGACGGCACUCGUUGGGUGAUGUGGUUCGGUGACGGCAAAUUCUCUGUGGUCUGUGUGGAGAAGCUGAUGCCUCUGAGCUCUUUCUCAUCUGCCUUCCACCAACCAACCUACAACAAACAGUCCAUGUACCGGAAAGCCAUCUUCGAGGCUCUGCGGGUGGCCAGCGUCCGGGCAGGGAGGCCAGUUCCUUCCUGUGAUGCCAGUGAUGAUGCAGAGGGCGUGGAUCUUCAGACCAGGGAGAUGAUAGAGUGGGCCAUGACCGGCUUCCUUCCCGCUGGUCCACAAUCACUGGACCCUCCAGAGGAGGAACAAAAUCCAUAUAAGGAAGUGUACCCAGAGAUUUGGGCAGAGCCUGAGGCUGCGUACACACCUCCACCUGCAAAGAAACCACGAAAGAACUCAGCCGAGAAAGCAAAGAUCAGAGAGGUGAUCGACGAAGGGACCAGAGAGAGACUUAUAUUUGAGAUCAAAAAGAAGACCAGGAAUAUAGAAGAUAUCUGCAUCUCCUGUGGAAGCCUCAAUGUCUCCUUGGAGCAUCCUCUGUUUGUAGGAGCAAUGUGCCAGGGCUGUAAGAACUCGUUCUUGGAGUGCGCCUACCAGUAUGACGAUGACGGCUACCAGUCCUACUGCACCAUCUGCUGUGGAGGCAGGGAAGUGCUCAUGUGUGGCAACAACAACUGUUGUAGGUGUUUCUGUGUGGAGUGCGUGGAUCUGUUGGUCGGAGCUGGCUCAGCAGCAGCAGCCAUCAAAGAAGACCCUUGGAACUGCUACAUGUGCGGACCCCGCAGCACCUACGGGCUACUGCGUCGACGGGACGACUGGCCCUGCAGACUACAGCACUUCUUUGCCAACAACCAUGAGCAGGAAUUCGAGCCGGCCAAGUUGUAUCCUCCAGUUGCAGCAGAAAAGAGGCAACCAAUCAGAGUCCUCUCCUUAUUCGAUGGCAUUGCCACAGGUCUUCUGGUGCUGAAAGAUUUGGGCAUCCAGGUCAACAAGUAUGUUGCAUCAGAAGUGUGUGAAGACUCCAUCACUGUGGGCAUGGUUCGACACCAGGGACGCAUCAUGUACGUGGGAGACGUACGCAACGUAACUCGCAAACAUAUCGAAGAGUGGGGACCAUUUGACCUGGUGAUAGGAGGAAGCCCCUGUAACGACCUCUCCAUAGUCAACCCAGCAAGGAAAGGUCUUUAUGAGGGGACCGGCCGGUUGUUUUUUGAGUUUUACCGUCUGCUGCACGAGGCGCGACCAAAACCCGGCGACGAGAGGCCGUUCUUCUGGCUGUUUGAGAAUGUGGUCGCUAUGGGAGUCAGUGACAAACGGGACAUCUCCCGCUUUCUAGAGUGUAACCCAGUGAUGAUCGAUGCCAAGGAGGUCUCUGCUGCCCACCGCGCUCGCUAUUUCUGGGGAAACCUGCCCGGCAUGUCCAGGAGGCCUCUGACGCCGAUGGCAAACGACAGGCUGGAUCUUCAAGAGUGCCUAGAGCACGGCCGCACAGCCAAGUUUGAGAAGUUGCGUACGAUAACGACACGCUCCAACUCUGUGAAGCAGGGGAAAGACGAGCACUUCCCCGUCUACAUGGACAACAAGGAGGACAUACUGUGGUGCACCGAGAUGGAAAGGGUGUUUGGUUUCCCCGUCCACUACACCGACGUGUCCAACAUGAGUCGUUUGGCCAGGCAAAGGCUUCUGGGACGUUCGUGGAGCGUCCCCGUCAUCAGGCACCUCUUUGCCCCGCUCAAGGAGUACUUCGCCUGCAACUAGUCACACACACCAACUCUCUCCCACAUACAGACACACACAUAUAAACAGUAACAGACAUACACUGAUAACUACACAAAGUGUACAGUCAGUACAUGAAGGUUGGCUGACACAAGAUGAAACAGAUGACCGGACAUACACACAUAAACACACACAAACACACACACUGUAAAGGACUGCUUCCUGAGAUCCCAUGUAGACCACUGGCUGACCUUAGUCCCCUGGUGCUACCGUGCUGUUUAACACACAAACACACACACACACAGGUACAGUUUUCUGUUACACACAAACUUCCUGUCCGACCUUGAAACUGAUGUCUUCUGGCUUUACUGUGUCGUAUCAGCUGGAGUUCAAACCUCUGGGGGGCGCCAAAACUAACAGAGAUGCCCUGCCUUUUUUCUGUCUUUAAUAUCUCUCUGAAUACAUAAACAGACCAAUGAGUCCCAUAACACUUUACUGUAUUCAUGUGUAGUGAAAGCAGAAACAUACACACACACACGCACACACACACACACACACACACCAGAUAAUGCUCGUGGUGCUGGUCAGGCAGUGAUAGAAUCAAAAUGGUGCCACUUUAAUACAACACUUUUACAGUUUUUGGUGCUCUUGGAGACUGAAUGGUCUCUGCUUGUUUCAGUCGCUGCAGUUUUGAGUUAAAACAGGUGAACAGGUGGAGGCAGCAGCAGGCAAAAGAAGUGGUCAUGAGGUUUAAAGAUCGAUUGAGGAUGCAGGGGAGCGUCCAAAAGGAAGAUAACCUAGCUCAGAUAGAUUAAUAUAUGAAGCCUUUUACUUAGUGUGACUACAACUUAAUAAGACUGUAACAUCUAAUGUUUCUUAAAGGAGGAGCUGCUCUUGUGCUACAAAUAAUCUUAGCAGGUGAAUUUAAACCUCAGUGCAAAAAAAAAAAAAGGUCUUCAUGUUCACCCGAUGAAGACCCACUUUGGCUGAAAUGUCACUGAUUCAAGCAAUAUGAAAUACUGAAAUAAAACAGUGACUUUGGGGGAUGCAGCUGUGGUUCGAGAAGUUUCUUUUACUUGUUUAUAUUUGAUUUUUGUAUUUUCCAGCAGUUUUUAUUUGGUUUUAGUCUCCUGAGUCAGGUUGGAUUUACUAUUAUCACUUUUUUUGUUUUUUUUAUUAGUUUUAGUGUUAUUUUUGCUUAUUCUUUAAUAUGAAAUGCAUGGUGGUAUUUAUCAAGUUUUAAUAAUACAAUACUACAAAACAAACAUAGUCAUGAAGACAUCCUGGUCUCAUAAGCAGUAGUGGCUCCUCAGGCUGGUUGACAAAUUGACGAAAGCCGAAGACAUUUCCUGUAUAUUUAAAUUUUAUUUCAUAUGGUUUUGUAAGUGUUUCAGUUAGUUUUCUUUUAUUUCAGUGAGCUAAAAUGUCUUUUAAUGCUUAGCUGUAGUUUGUAGUUUUGGUUGUAAAAACACACAAAUGUACAAGGAUCAAAAUUUAGACGUAAACAAAAACAAAAUAAACUCCAGGAAUGUAAAAUAAAACAAAAAUAAUGAAAUUUAUAAUAAAACCAGUACAAAAGAAACAUCCACACUGCUGUCUGCAUCCUCAGUGUUUACAGUGCCCUCCAGUGGGGGACAAUCACCCAGCCAUAUUGGGGUAAAACACAGUCAGUCAGAGACCAGAAAAAAAUGUGAAUAUAAUGAAGACAGUGUGAAGUCAGCUUUUAUGCUUGUUUAUAUUCAUAUACUUCAUACUGUACAUACACUCUAUACACAGUAUAUGAAAUAUAAACUACUGCUGGGGUAUCCACACAACAAGCAAAACAUCUUUGUACUAUUUUGAUUACUUCUAGGUGUUUUUUAGACACUAGCUUAGCAAAUGCUGUGCAUUCAAAAAUACUGCAGUAUUUUAAUAAUGGAACUAGUUCCUCGUGUUCGGUUUAUGCUGAGGUGACAGGUGUUUAAUGACUUUUGGUGCUCAUUUUAAAUUUGAAUAACACUCUGAUAUCACUCACCUGACAGAGGCUGGAGUCAGAUGUUAAUUGGUCCUUUGGCUUCACAGCUGAGUUUGGACAUUACAGUUAAAAUCUGCACAAAAACUGACACUUCUGUGGUUAAACUGGUUCCAAUACCACACAAGACCACUUAAAAUUGGCUUCAAAUCAGUCAAUUAGUAAUGAUUUUUAUUGUAGACGGACUUCCAUAAACAUGCCUUAGGAGACGUAGCUGCCCUGUAAGAAUAAGGCAGCCAUGUUGACGAUUAAACUAUGAGGUUACAGCUGACAGAUUACAGUCCAGGCCCCUCUUUAGCCACGGCCCUGCAGUAAAUGUACCUGCUGAGAUAAUCAGGAACAAGUAGAUGUCAUAAUACCAAAGUUUGCCUCACUAAGGUUAUCAGUGACAUAAGAUGCUGUUCAGCAGAUGUGAUGUGAUAGGUUGGAGAAAAAGUUAAAUUAAAAUAAUCAUGAAUUUAGCUUGAUUACCUUUGACCUCUCUGUUUCUUCUCAACGUGAUGCUUAGGGUUAGUGGGAAAUUUUGUGUAAAAUGUUACUCUAAUAAUGCUCCACAUCACAAAUUCCAGAUGUCAAGUAUUUCUUAAAAUAAUUUUUAAGUGUUUGAAUGGGUUUGAGAUCAUAAAAUACAAAUAUAUUUAUUGUUCAGAACAUACAUACUCAGCAAAGUAUCCUCCAAAUGUGUUAACUGCAGUAAAACCGAUGCUUUUGCUGUUUUUGAAGAGGCAUUUGAAUGUGUGAUCCAAAUACUGCCAAGAGACCAAAGUAGAAACCAGAUUUAGCUUUUAUUUCAUACUAUUUAUAUUUAAUUUUUUUAUACAUACAGUGAAUCCAAAUGUAUACUAACAAUAUCCUGAAUUUGAUAUGAAUAUAUCACCUUAACAAUGAGAAGAAGUUAAUUUUUUUAAUUUAACGUAUUUUUUCUCCUUAAAUCUGCAUUAAAUUAGAAGAAGGAGGUCUACGUCAGCUGAGUUUGGCAGUUCUUUAAAGAUAAUUACUGUAAAUUCCAUUCUUAGCUGAAAACCUUCCAAAAUGAACAAAAAUCAUCAAAAUAAUGUAAAGAAGCUACUGCUGUGAUUUUUUGUCCAAAACAUCUAUGAAAUGUUUUGAAGAGAUAUCAGCUGACGGUGAUGGCGUAUCAGGUACAAGCCAUUCAUUUUCUUCCGCUUAUCACAUCAGGUUCAUGUAUUCUUUUUUAGGAUGGCAGUCUGGCAAACAAAGAAGCUUCUUGAGGACUAAAAACAAAUAUCAGAACAGCAGCACACAACUGACAACAUAUCAACACACUCACUGGUAUAACUCUGCCCCCUGGUGGUGAGAGAUUUAGUUAAAAACUGCAAAUAGGAACUACAAAAAGUACCUUUAAAGACAAAGCCCUUCUGGGCAUUUAUUAGGACAGUUUUUUUGUUUGUUUGUUUGUUUUUUAAAUAUUAUCUAAAUUAGCUUUAAUUUCCAACUACUGGGACAUAAAAACUGCAUGUACCAGUCAAAUCAGGGAAAAAAAUGUAAAAGUUUUGCUAACUUUGCUCCAAAAUAAGGUAUUUUCCCCUUGGAAGUUGACCUAUUACUAACAGUGACAUUUUCUCCUAGAUUUUAAUUCAGAAUGUCUCUUUCUUAUAAUAUCUCUGUUUACAUGCUUUCAAUCCUUGACUCCAACAAUAGGCAAUAUAAAAGAUGGAUGUAGCCAAAUUGAUGUCAGUGCCUCGAGGGGAGCAUUUUUGCCAUAUUGGUGUUUGUGACGAAUGAGGGGUGAAUCAGACUGAAAAACCUGUUGGCUAAAGACUUGUUAGCCAUAUCCUCAUAAUCCUCAUUUCUGAUUUACAAAGUGAUCAUGUUUUAUUAAAUAAAACUUAAAUGAGCCUCUGAGCCCAUAAACUCAUCACAAACACACCAAGGGCCAUUUUUUUCCAUCAACUCCUGAACAACCAGUCUUUUUGCAACCAGAGGGAUUGCCCCCUGCUGGUCAUUACAAAAAAUGCAAGUUUAAUGCACGUCCAUCUAUUACACAGUCUGUGGCUAAAACAAGUGAGGUUAGACUCAUCCAGCAGGAUUAUUUCUGCCUGUAGAGCAGCACUGCCUCUGAGAAACAUUGAACUAAAACAUCUGUGGACUUUUUAGAAGUGUGAGACAUUCAGCAGCUUCCUUUCAGCAGCAUUUAAUGCUCCCUCCUCUUACAAUGCAGCUUCUUUUUGUGCCUCACCUCUGCUGUUAGUUAAGUGACUAGCCUGCCAGCUCUUCAGCACUCGUCCCCCCCACCCUUGCUUCAUAGGGAUCCAAAACGUCCUGCAGUCGCCGUUCUGCAGCGACACGGGCUGAAAGCAGAGGCUGACUUUACUCUGUGGACACUAUGCUGGCUUUCUACUUUCUGUGACUGAAACAGAUAGCCCUGUAUAAAUAAACAGAACCUUAUGUAACACAGGUUCUGCUGUAUGAGCCGUCUUGGGUGUUUCAUCUGCCUUUCGCCCAAUGCAUGCUCAGUGAAAAGGAAAUGUCAUCCAGUGUGGUGGCUGUAUUUAUUACACACACAGGCCACGAGAAACAAGUUCUGAUGCAUGUUUUAUUUAGACAGGGCUGCCUUUAGAGAAAACACUUCAGUCUGGUGCUUUUGGUCCUCAGGCGACCAUCUUUUCCAGGAAGCCUUCCGAUCCUCAGACCUUCCUCAGAUACCAGCUAACAACUGGACACGUGCAGUCUAUGCUGACACACAUUCACACAAACACCCACACGCACACAUGCACAAACUCUCAUACCAACAGUAAACCAGCAGGUUCAAAGAUUUUUUUCCAUCAUGUUUACUCUCCAUUUCUACAACCAACCUUCAGGUGCUUUUUCAACUCUGCUCUUUUUUACAGCGCUCUUCUUGCAGGUCUCUCACACACGCACUCACACACACACUCGUUUGCUGGAAAGAACCUUCACGCUUCUCCUUUCGCUACAAAACACCCUACACUGCUACACUCACACAUGCAUACAC